GCUACAAGAGAAAGAGAUGAAGCCGAGAUGAUGCGGAUAAAGAAGAUGAAGAGAGUUCCUAGAUAACUGGAAAAAUUAUAGGAGAUAAGAUUGUGAAGAUAAGUUACCUAAAUAAUAGAGAUAAUGUAAAGUAGUAGAUGUAUCUUAGAAUGGAUAUACCUUUAUAAUGUUUGAAGUUAGGUAGAAUUCUAACUUAAGUAGGAAGCCUUUUGUAUAAGAGAUUGGCCUAUGGUUCAAUUCAAGAUAACGUGGGAUAUUUUUCCUAAGUUCUCUUCAACCUAACAAUUUAGUUAGGUGUUAAAUUCUGUUCCAUAUGCUCGGCCAUGAGGGUUAUGGCUGUAUAUAUAAGUAGCCCACAAUUCUACAGAGCAAUUACCACUACUCCACUACUAGUAACUGCUCCUUAAUUACUACAUAACCUCUUAAAUCACUCCAUAAUUGAGAAUAAUUAGGUAAUAAAAGCAAUAACUAACUACUUCUGCAAAAUAAGUAAAAAUAGAAUUUAAAAAUAACAAGCUGGUCAUGACAUGGGGCUACUUCAAGUUAGAGAAAUCAAGGGAGAGAUUCCAAUCUUCUGAGCCUCAUCUUCUCUCUCAAUUGUGUGAUACUAAAUAUCAAUAUUUUAUCUUGUGGGAUUUUAACAAGAUAAUCAGAAGAUGCCCAAGGAUGGAAUUUUAGAGUAUUAUGUGUGCUUGCAAGCAUAUAGGACUUUCCUUCAAGUUGUGGGCUUAAACAACAGGACAAAGAUUGCGAGUUCCUUCUAGUUAUUGAUGUUGACAAUAAGAAAAUCUUUUGAAUUACAGGGUCGAAAGUUGAGGGCUAGUGCACUUUCCAGAUCAAAUAACAAUGAGAAAGAGCAAGAGAUUUAUUGCCUUUCAAGGAGUAACCUUCCAUGUGGAGCUCUGCGUACUCUCUACUUUUGUUCAUCUCAAGUUCCUCUAACAAGAUGGUUUCUCUCUAGAGCAUUAUCAUUGGCAGUUUCUUCUACUGACUCUAAUCAAACCAAUAGUGAGAGUGUGCCUUUUGUUGCUCCAAUGCAUAGUCCUCAAAUGGAGUUUAAUAAGGUCAAUUGUCUUCUGUGGGUAUUGCAUGAAUCUGCUAGGAGUUUUUCCCUUGCAAUUCAGGCACACGAAUUGACUAGAAAUCACACUGAGCUUGCGAUGGCAUGGGUUGGGGUGGAUGUCCAGGCAUGGCAUAAACGCAUUGCAUAUCAGGUUGCAGUGUAUGCCUUGUUGAAAGCCGUGAUUGAAGUUGAAUUAUUUCUUUCCCAUAAACAUUACAAGAACUCUUCUCCUGUUAAUGAGAUCUUAUCUCCCAUGACAAAUUGUCUUGGGGAGUCCAUUGAAAGUCAGUUGAACAUAAGGCAUCCAAAGUUGGUACAGUGGUUUAGAAUGGUAGAACUACCACGAAUGGCAGGACUGUUCAUCCCCUUAUUCAAGAAGUGGUCUAUGGAAUAUGCACGAAGUGGUGUUGCAGGGAUCAUUCUGGCUAUCAGUUGCUGUGCUGCAGUGAAGAAGUUGGGUUCAGGGCGUGUUUCUUGUUCUUUAUUAUCAGCUUCCAUUGAGGAUAUACUGGCACAUUUGAUGGACUUGUUACACAGUCUUGUUUCACUGGAUAAGUUACACCACUUAGCAAGUGAGGCAGGAUUUGAAGAGGACUUCCUGAUACAUUUUGGUAAAAAGGUUCUACCUGGAAAGAACAUUGAAGAAGUAGAAUUUUGGAUUGGCUUGGUUCAGAAGAAGCUUUCUACAGCAUUCCACAGGGAAAGUGUCAUUUCUGGCAAGCAAAUUUUCUGCGACAAGGUUCAAGAGAAUAGUUUGGCUACUCUUGGCAUCUUUGCAUAUUUGGGAAGGGAGACCAGAUUAUUCUUGUCAGGAAUUGGUAUAAAAGAUUUAGAUGAGAAUGUUAAGGACUUUCUCAGUUACUUGGAAUGUGGUAGCCUCUUUGUUUACCCUGAAUUUUCUUCGCUGUCUGAAUAUCAGCUUUUCAUGGAGGUGGUGACUGAUGAAAUUGAGUGGCUAGACUUUUAUGCAUCAUUUUCUAGCAUAUUCAAUCAAGAGAGGAGGAGGUCCAAACAGCAGGCCAUCCAAGCAGAGAAAGAAACUAUCCUAUAUACUGUUUUAACUGUUUGCUAUGAUGUUUUCUCUGGGUUUGCUCAUGUCAGCAAUUCAACUCAACAACCUUUAGAUGCAAGUUUACUUUCAUUCUUACUUCGGAGUCAGAGUCUGCUAUCCAUCUGUCUGGAGGGAUACUGGGCUGCUCAUGAUAAAUCAAGUGCGCUACUGCGAAUUUCAGAAAGAAUUGUCUCUGACUCAUUGCCUUCCCAAAUAGAAGGCAGAACAAAUCCAUCUGCAAACUCAGAAGUGAAUCCAGAGUCAACUGAUUUAAUAAAAAGUGGCAUUCACCAACAUAGAUCUCAGCUGAUUCAGGAUACCAACUCAGCAGGCUUGGAUCCAAUAACCCUGGGAAAGGUGGGCAGUGCUGCUGAAUCAGAGCCCCUACAUAAGAGUUUGCUCAGAAAAUCCACCAUCAAGCUGAUAUCUACAACUGCUGAUGUGUGGAUGGGUACUCAGUUGCUUUGUAUAGACAUAUUGGAUUCUUUGGAACUUCUCAUGAAGCAGUUGCGUGGCCACAAGGUCACGAAAAGGGAAAGGGGGAAGAUACAAAGAACACUAGCUGAUAUUGCUUCACUUAUCCCAAUUACAAUCCUAAUGCUGCUUCCUGUAUCUGCUGUUGGCCACGCAGCCAUGUUUGCAGCAAUCCAGAAGUACAUGCCGGGCUUGGUCCCAACUCCAUACUCGUCUGAACGGCUGGAUAUUGUCAAACAACUGAAGAGAGCCAAGAAGAUGGAAGUUCAGUCACUCAACAACAUCAAAGAUGAUGCUUCAAACUUGUAAGCAACUCUGGUAAGAUAAUCAAUAUGUAUAAUUAGUAUUACAAAGCAACUGCAUAACCUUGUAACGACGAAGUGGCUUAUAAAUUGAAUUGGUGGUUAUACAUGUAUACAUGAAUAAAUUGAAGGGCGAUGUAGUCAUAUAAAUAUAUUAUAGUCUUAAUUCGAAGCAAUUGAUGGUGGGAAGAAACUGACAAGAAGUUUUAGGCAUGGCCCUUUAACGUGAAGUCGGUUGCUGAACCUUGAAUCUCUAGUACUAAAUAGUUAUUGACCUCCACGUUUAAUUUCCUUUGGCUGAUACUCCCCUAGUACUAAUUGACUUGCAAAUGCAAUUGUAAUUGCUUUUCUACUCCUGUUUACUUAAAACU